UUUCAUGACCUAAUUUAGUAUUCAAAAUAAACAGCGCCAUUUUUGUUUUCCUUGAGAGUGAAUUUUAUAAAUAUUAAUAUGUUCUUUCAACCAGGGAAAAGGAAGGGAAACUCUAGCUUUCGCAUUGUUGAUGUAGCGAAGAAAAAAUCGUCAAUGAUUAAACUUCCUGCACCGAUAUCUAAAAACGAAGAUAAGGAAACUAGUGAGAACGCGGCAACUUAUGAUGAUCAAAGUUGUAGUAGCAGUACAACAGAACAAGUUGAAUUCUUAGAUAACCAAUGGGAGAGUAAUUGUCAUUUGCCCACGAAUUCAUUGUAUAGAGCAUGAAGAACGAGGCUUUCUGCGAACUGGGAGAAAAUUCGCAUACGACUGAUGCAAACCUCUCUGCAAUUAGAGGGUUUUGCACCGUCAAACUGCAUUGAAAAUGGCUGCACAGAAACAGCAGAAACACGUUGUCGUGACUGUGGUUACGGGCAUAUUAUUGUCUGAAUUGUUGCAAUUCCAUACACAAAGACAAAUGUCAGUUCCACUUAACAGAAUUAUUAAGUAGAGGUGGUUGGACUCACCACAAAGUUCCAGAGAGAACAUUACGGCAUCCUAUACAUGUUUGCAGUAAUACACAUCUGAGGCCAAUUACUGUAAUUGACAUCAAUGGCUUUCAUCAUGAUGUGCAAUUUGAAUAUUGUACUUGUGUGAGUGUCCCAGAAAGUCUGCUUUGUUAUGGUCUGUGGCCUGCUACUCCUGUGGAGCCAACGUUGGCUUUUACAGUUCGGUUAAUGGAGCUGACUUUAUCCCUGAUGAUGGAGUGUCAUGUCUCAAUCUAUGACCUGUCAAAAGCACUGAAUUUCUUUGAGACUCCUCUUUUAAAGAAAAGAAAAGUUUAUGAGCAAUUUAUUGAUGCAUUUGAAGAGUUCAGAUUCAAUUUAAAAACAACACCAUUUUAUGACUGUGGAAGCGAGUCUGGUACAGCUCUUGCACCAAGUUGUCCAGCAUGUCCAAAGGAUCAAAAUGGAAAACUGUUUGUCUCCCUGGAUGCAUGCUUCGGUUUGCCAAGAAAGAAGACAUCUGGAAUGAGUUAUCGAGAACCCUUGAGUGAUAACAUGUUCUUCCAUAAUCAAGACAAAGUGGAUGAAUUUGUAUCCUCAUAUCCAGUUGCUUCUGGAAACUCAUGUAGUAACAAGGUACAGUGA